AUGAAAACAAUAACACUUUUCAUAAGAGCGAUGUUAAUACUCACCAAUGCGUAUCUUCAUUUAGCAACAACCGAUGCAGUAGAUCACCACCACCUUAAAACCACCUCCAAGGAACAGAUCCAGUGCACAAUGUGUACUUCUUGUGAUAAUCCAUGCAACCCGGUUUCAUCUCCACCGCCACCGCCACCUUCAUCCACAAACAACUGCCCUCCCCCUCCUGCUCCACCUACAUCCUCCGGUGGUGGUGGAAGUGGGGGUUCAUCAUACUAUUACUCUCCGCCUCCACCACCUAAUUCUUACACUUACUCAUCUCCACCUCCUCCAUCAUCCAGUAGCAGCGGCGGCGGAGGAGGAACAUACUAUUAUUACCCUCCGCCUAGCAACAGAUACUACGGUCCAGCACCGCCACCACCUAAUCCGAUAGUUCCUUAUUUUCCUUUUUACUUCUACGGUCCUCCGCCACCCUCCGCCGCGUCUCGUUCUCUCUUCAAUCCAAUUGUUCUCUCAUCCUUCUUGCUGUUGUUACUUUGA